AUGAGACUGGUAUUUCCUAACCCGGGACUGGAUAAUAGGAUCCCUACUCAUGAGGAUCUGGACAGGAUGGAGAAGGAGACAGGGGACAGGCCCAAGUGGGACAACAAAGCCCAGUACAUGCUCACCUGUGUGGGCUUCUGCAUUGGGCUCGGUAACGUGUGGCGAUUCCCUUACUUGUGUCAGACUCAUGGAGGAGGUGCGUUUUUGAUUCCCUACCUGAUUCUGCUGGUGCUGGAAGGAAUGCCUCUCCUGCUGUUGGAGUUUGCUAUCGGCCAGCGUCUCAGGAAAGGCAGUGUGGGAGUGUGGAGAGCCAUCAACCCUUAUCUGACUGGUGUUGGUAUAGCAUCCAUGCUGGUUUCCUUAUUGAUUGGACUUUACUACAACACCAUAGUAGCCUGGAUCCUGUGGUAUCUCUUCAAUUCCUUUCAAGACCCACUGCCUUGGACCCAGUGUCCUCUCAAUGACAAUGGCACAGGAUUUGUUCCAGAGUGUCAAGGGAGCUCCACUGUGGAUUACUAUUUUUACCGAGUGACUUUGAAUAGUUCGGCCUCUAUAGCCGACUCUGGAGGAAUCCACUGGCCCAUAGUACUCUGCCUGCUUGCAGCCUGGACAGUCAUUGCAGUCUGCUGCAUACGGGGCAUUGGCACUUCAGGCAAGGCAGUGUACGUCACGGCCAUUCUGCCGUACAUAGUGCUGGCCAUCUUCCUGAUCCGUGGACUGACUCUUAAAGGCUCCCUGAGUGGAUUAAAGUUCCUCUUCACACCAGACGUGAAUGAGUUGAUUAAACCAACAACUUGGCUGGAUGCAGGUGCCCAGGUCUUCUAUUCCUUUGGUUUGGGUUGGGGAGGCCUCAUCUCCUUCUCAAGCUACAACCCUGUUCACAACAACUGCGUACAAGAUGCUGUGAUCUUGUCAGUCAUAACUGGCCUGACCUCAAUCUAUGCUGCAACAGUGACCUACUCCAUCAUUGGCUUUAGAGCUACAGAGCAAUAUGACAACUGUAUCAGCGAUAACAUCCUGACACUAUUAAAUGCAUUUGACCUUCCUGAAGACAACAUCACUACAAGCAACUACGAGGCAGCUCUUAUUCAUCUCAACAACUCCUAUCCAGAUACUGUUCUUGGAUUGGACAUCAACACCUGUGACAUACAGACACUUCUCAGUGAGGGAGUGAAAGGAACAGGUCUGGCCUUCAUUGUGUUCACAGAAGCAAUCACCAAGAUGCCCGGCUCUCCUUUCUGGUCUGUUCUCUUCUUCGUCAUGCUUCUCUGCUUGGGACUCUCAACUCUGUUUGGCAACAUUGAGGGAGUGGUGAUGCCAUUGAAAGAUCUGAAUGUAUUCCCUAAAAAAUGGCCACAUGAAUUACUCACUGGAGUAACAUGCGCUGUCGCCUUCAUCAUCUGUCUCCUGUUUGCGCUGCAUUCAGGGCUUUAUUGGGUAACUCUCUUUGACAAUUUCGCUGGAUCAGUUCCACUUCUGACCAUUGGAUUGUUUGAGAUGAUAGCUGUUGUGUACAUCUACGGUAUAGAUAGGUUCAAUGAGGACUUGGAGUUCAUGGUCGGACAUAAGCCCGGCAUCUUCUGGCAGGUUACAUGGAGGUUCAUUAGUCCUCUCAUCGUUCUGGUUAUUUUAGUUUUCUACAUGGUGACACAAGUCCAAGAAGAGCUCACCUACUUAGUCUGGGAUCCAAACUCUGAGGAAUUCCCGUCUCUGGCAUCAGUACCGUACCCCUCAUGGAUCAACGUGAUCAUUUUUCUUCUGGCGGGCGUCCCCAGUCUUGCAGUGCCUGUGUAUGCAUUAUGUUGGCUGUUUUUUAUUUGCUGCAAAAAAACAGUGGCAAAAAAGUCCUAA